GGACUAUUGGCCGAGACACUGGAGACACCUGCACACCGGAGUCUUCCAAGAACAUCCUGAUUCAGUUCAUAUUCUUAUAGUUUAUAUUUUAGUCAGGAAGUGGCCAAAGAGCUCUGGGCUCAUUAAUGCACCAGUAUACACAAUAGAAGUGAAGAAAGAAACAUUGGUUCAGUGUAAAAUGACUGACGGACAUACUAGAGAAAUGUUUCCUUGGUCCACCUUCACUAGUAGUACUAAUCUUUAUGACACUAACAGUAUCGGUGAGCUGCACCACGAACGAGUCUAAACGUGUCCGUCAUGAACUAACGCUGGCGGACAGACUCCGCCGCUUCGACUCCGCUGCUGGUGAUGUAUGAGACACGACCAUGACCCAACACGAGUCUCGUCAAGUGAAGAAUGAGGAAAGGAGGUGAGGCUGUGGAGAGAGUGAGUGAGUGGACGAGGAAACACAGUCAGAGUUCACUGCUCCGUUACUCUUCAAACAUGGAAACCUUUUCACAGCACCCACUCCUGCUGCUUCUCUUCUUGUCGUGGACAGCGCAGUGCUUUGGUUCCAACAUCUGCACAUCUCGAGGAGUUACCACUUGUCAACAGUGCCUGGCUGUUCACCCGAGCUGUGCGUGGUGUUCUCAGGAGGAGUUUGGUAAAGGAGGAUCCAGUGUCCAUCGUUGUGACCUGAAGGAGAAUCUGCUGACUGAAGGGUGCAAUGGUGGCAGCUUGGAGUUUCCCUCCAGCACCUUCAGCAUUCUGAAGGACACGCCACUGAGCGACAAGGCUUCGGGCGCAGCUGACGACGUCACUCAGAUAAAACCACAGAAGGUUCACAUAAAGCUAAGACCAGGUGAUUCCAAACACUUCACAGUUUCAGUGAAGCAGGCGCAGGAUUACCCAGUGGACCUCUACUAUCUGAUGGACCUGUCGUUCUCCAUGAAGGACGACUUGUUUCGCCUUCGCACUUUGGGCAACGAGCUCGCUGUAACCAUGGGCCAGACCACAAGUAACCUGCGAAUGGGUUUCGGAGCCUUUGUGGAUAAGACCAUAUCUCCUUAUAUGUACACUUACCCUCCAGAGGCUGUGAGAAACCCUUGUCGUGGUAUUAGUGAAACGUGUCUGGCACAGUUUGGGUUCAAGCACGUACUGACACUGACGGAGGAAGUGGCCCGAUUCACAGAGGAAGUGGAGAAACAACAGGUCUCCAGAAAUAGAGAUGCUCCUGAAGGUGGUUUUGAUGCUGUCUUGCAGGCUGUGGUUUGUAAGGACAAAAUAGGCUGGCGCCCUGGUGCCUCACAUUUACUGGUAUUCACCACCGAUGCUAAAACCCACAUCGCACUGGACGGGCGUAUCGCAGGGAUCGUCCAGCCUCACGACGGACAGUGUCACCUGGAUGAAAACAAUGUUUACAACAAAACAGCUGUACUGGACUACCCCUCUUUGGCGCUUAUGACUGAGAAAAUGUCCGAAAACAACAUUAAUUUAAUUUUUGCCGUUACAAAAUGAUCUUGUCCAUCUUUGUAGGAGUACAGUCGCCUCAUCCCAGGCACAACAGUGGGAAUAUUGUCCGAUGACUCUGGGAAUGUCAUUCAGCUCAUUAAAGAGGCCUAUGCGAGAAUCCGUUCUGUAGUGGACCUGGAGUUGCUGGGAGUUCCAGAGGAGCUGCAUCUCUCAUUCAAUGCCACUUGCCUUAAUGGAGAGGUAACUCCUGGCCUUAAGUCCUGUUCUGGCGUCAAGAUUGGAGACACUGUGUCCUUCAGUGUUGAGGCUCAGCUCCACGGCUGCCCAAAGGAGAAGAGCAGCACCUUCACCAUCAAACCUCGUGGCUUCAAGGAUGUCCUGGAGGUUCAAGUGGACUUCGCCUGCAGCUGCGACUGUCAGGCCAGUGUGGAAGCCAACAGCCCCCUCUGCAGCAACGGCAACGGGACGUAUGAAUGCGGCGUGUGCCAGUGUCACCCGGCUCGUCUCGGGAGUCGAUGUGAGUGUUCGGUGGAGGACUACAAUCCUUCCGAUGACGCCAACUGCUAUCCCAAGCCGGGCAGCCCAGUGUGCAGUGGCAGAGGUGAAUGUUUGUGUGGACAGUGCUCCUGCCGUGCAAAUGAGUUUGGCCAAGUGUGGGGAACGUUCUGUGAAUGUGACGACUACAACUGCCUGAGAUAUAAGGGCGCUCUUUGCUCUGACCACGGCAAGUGUAACUGCGGCUUCUGCCAGUGUGACGCUGGCUGGAAAGGGGAGAACUGUAACUGCUCUGCGCGUACGGACACGUGCAUGUCCAGCAUCGGUCUGCUGUGCAGCGGCCGCGGGAACUGCGAGUGCGGAGUUUGUCAGUGCACUCAACCUGGUGCCUACGGCGCCACCUGUGAGAAAUGUCCCACCUGUCCUGAUUCCUGCACCAUCAAAAUGGCGUGUGUUGAGUGUCAGCACUUCAAGAGAGGACAGUACAUCUCUGACAACAGCUGCAACAGAAUCUGCAGGGAUGAGAUCAGAGUAGUGGAUGAACUGGGUGGUCACCUGGACUACGAAACGUCCACCACCAAUGCAGUGAACUGCUCAUACAAGGAUGAAAAUGACUGCGUGGUGCACUUCCAGUAUCACGAAGAUGAGAGUGGGAACUCCAUUUUGUUUGUAGUAAAAGAGCCAGAAUGCCCCGAAGGUGCAAACAUCCUGGUCGUGCUCAUGGCGACGGCUGGAGCUAUUAUUCUGCUGGGCCUCGCUGCCUUGCUCAUCUGGAAGCUGCUGGUGACCAUCCACGAUCGCAGAGAGUUCGCUAAAUUUGAAGAGGAAAGGGCCAAAGCUAAAUGGGACACGGCCAACAACCCGUUGUAUAAAGGAGCCACUUCAACCUUCACUAACGUAGCGUACCGAGGAAACUGAUGAGCAAAAGGGUUGAGGAAAAACUCAGGGCUACAUGUGGCAUCACAGGAACCAAUGGCAGAGAGUGUACACUGUCAUGUGACCAGCUACUGUAGAAGAGACGUGUUUACUGCUGUCAAUUGGUGUACGUGGUUCACUUUUACACACGGCGUCGCAGCUACAACGUUGGGAUGGGAUUCUAGCAGCAGCUGCUGUGGUACCGUGCAUCAUCUGGGGAAACUUUUGUGCCACUCCAACAACUGCUGUUUUUUAUACACACACACACACACACACACCCUCAAUGUACACUCCUUCACACUGUGUUGUCUGAUACUGAGUGGAGCUUCACACGUGAUCCUUAAAAUAAAUAUGACGUAAAUGAGAAUGGUUGGAUGGAUGGUUGGAUGGAUGGUUGGAUGCAUGGAUGGAUGGAUGACUGUAAUGAUACCGAAGCCACUUAGUCAGUAGGUGGACCACUGUGAGUGUAUUGUGGUGUUUAUCAGCACUGAUGCUGCCCUCUGCCUGUAUUUUAUUUUCAAUUGCACGUGUUUGAGGUGUUUAAUUAUAAUUAGUGGUUUCUGUAUCAAAGAACGGCAUAAUUCAAAGUUUUACUGCAAUAUUCAGGGGUCAUCAGUGGCCACUGACCGGACCAGUAGUGAGGCAGGUUAAACUUCAAGUAAAGACGCAAUUAUUUUCCCAUUAAAAAUAAUUUAUUAAAAUUGACUUUGAGGCAAGGAAAUAUUGAUUUUAUAAGUAUUGUGAAAAUUAGAAUUAUGUCUGAUUUUAGUCAGAAUUCUGACAUUAAGCCCUAAUAUAUAUAUAAAUAUAAUGUAUAUAUAUACGUAGUUCAGUUAAAUGUUUACAUUCCAUCUCAUCAACUAUCCUCAAAUAUUUGUCCUUUUGAUGGUACUGUAAAUAUUUAGUGUUUUCUACUUCUGCAGGACUUUGAUACGCUCACAGUGAUUUUAUUCUAUUUCUGUGUGUUCAGGUGAAUUUGUUAUUGCUCAUGUACAAUCCCUGAUUGUACCAGGUGGGUCAGACACACACGUGGAUAAAAAGGCAUUUGAAAAUCAAGUGAUCCAACAGAUUUUAAGUGAUGUUGUUAGGGUUUGUAACUUUAUUGUGUUUUACUUUUAUCUAGUAUGCACUUACUGUUUCAAUCUUCUCUCAGGAUAUGGUGUGAAGGGUCACUGUUUUGCUUUAUGUGUUUGCACACAAAAAAAAAA